GUCAGACUUGAAAACCCCAAAUUAAAACAAAACCUUUAUUUUGACCCCUGUGACUUACUAAACACACUUAAAAAGAUGAACAUGUUCUCACCCUCAAAAGAACAUUAUGGGAGGGUAGAUUCUGAUAUGUUCUAUGACAUGUCAACAUCGUCUCUUCUUUCGUCAGGGACGUUUCCCAGGAAACAGAAGUGAGAAGUGACAUCUAGAAACAAGAGAAGUCAUCGUCAAUACUCGUUUGUCAGGACAUAAGGCCAAGUUACCAGCAUGAGUGUGGAUUAUAUUGAAUAUGGUGACACUGACUACACUCCAGACAAUGAAACUGAGAACAACACCAUCAAAACUGGACUGCUGCCUUUCAGUCCCUAUCAUUCUUCUUUGAAUCAUGUUCUGGUGGCAGUGAACAUCAUUAUAUCAGUUAUUGGCCUUGGAGGAAAUUCACUAGUGAUAUGGAUUUGUGGAUGGAAAAUGAAAAGAACGGUCAUCACCACCUGGUACAUCAGCCUGGCCAUUUCAGACUUUUUGUUUUGUGCCUUUUUGCCCCUCGAAGUUUUCUACAUGAUCACCUCACACUGGCCUUUCGGACUGGUGUUGUGCAAGUUCACUUCCUCUGCCCUGUUUCUCAAUAUGUAUAGCUGUGUGUUCCUAUUGGUCCUGAUCAGCGCUGAUCGCUGUAUAAUGGUAUCAUUUCCUGUGUGGUCACAUAAUCACCGGACAGUGCAGAAAGCACUAGGAGUUCUUGUCCUAAUGUGGGUCCUUUCUGCACUGCUGACGUUGCCUUCACUGAUCUAUCGACAAACCACAGUGCACGGCUCGGUGACUCAGUGCCACACCAGCUACAUGGGCCACUCCAGACACAAGGCAGUGGUGCUGACUCGAUUCAUCUGCGGGUUCCUCAUUCCUUUCCUUAUAAUUGUGUUCUGCAGCUCAGUGCUAUGUGUGAAGCUGAGAAGUUUGACCAAGAAGUCCACAAAGCCUUACAAAGUCAUGGCAGCACUCAUCUUGUCAUUUUUCUUCUGCUGGAUCCCCUAUCAUAGCUUUGUUAUUUUAGAGUCAGACUUGAUGAACCACAGCCUGGAAGUUCUUCAAACUGGCCUGAAGGUGGGGGCCACACUGGCUGCAGCAAACAGCUUCAUAUCCCCUGCACUCUAUGUGUUCAUUGGCAAUGACUUUAAAAAAAACCUGAAGAGGUCUUUAAAAUCGAGAAUAGAGGAGGCGAUGGUGGAGGAUUUCCGUACAGGUGGUCUCAAUCACUCAAGGUCUAAGUCAAUGGAAAUAAUCUAAAAUCAAGUUGAAAACGUUCUAAUCAAUGACAUCAAAGAACAUGAUUAUAGCUUGGUGAAAAUUGACAAAAUCAUCCGUUAUUGCAUGUUUUAUCUCAGUAUACUGUUGCCUAUAUAUACAUUUAUUUAUAACUCACUGUUACUGAUUUAUAACACAUUUGCAUGACAAAACAGUCCCAAGUGAAUACAUGAUUUAUGUGCUGUUAUGAUUGUAAACCAGCUUGUUACCAAAUUGAUUGUUACAAGAUUAAUUAAAUAUUUUUUAUGGAAUUAAAUAAAUGUUUACAAUAUGGUAUAUAUUAAAUCUUAUUUGGUUAAGCAGACUGUGAACUAAAACAUAAUUCAAGUGAACAUUUUAAUUUGUAGCCAUCAAAUCUGCCCUCUAUUAAAUGUUCUUGAAAAACAAAUGAUUUGAUGCCUGCAUAUAUAAAAAGGAAAGUAUAAAUGAA